GCGCACUAGCGAGAAUGUCUUUCUUGCUCUGCAGUUGGAAAGAAGAUGCGUGUCGGAGUUUCCAAGGCAGUGGGUCUUCAGAAGGAGAAAAGAAAACGUCUCCCAAGUUCUUCCUAGCCAGGAAGAAAAGGACACUGCAUCCCAGAACCACAUUUCUUGCUGCCAAGCUGCCCAGAGACCUUGUUUAUCUCCUGUGCCAGCCAGCCUGCCUGCCUCUCUGUGCCCUUCCUUGCUAGCAUUGAUCUAGAUGCCCACCUGUCCAGAUACAUUGCGCAUCACCUGUGCCAGCCUGCCUCUCUGUGUCCUUCCUUGCUAGCAUUGACCUGGACUCUGUGCCACUCUGGAGAUGGCACCUGAAGAAGAAGAAGAGGGAGCCAAGGGGCACAAUAAGUGGGACUGUGGCUGCUCAGCCACCCGGGAGCGCAUGGAAGAUCUCUACCUCAGGGGCCAAAGCCAAGAAGAGCGGAGCGAGUUCUGGGCCUUCUUUGAGCGGCUGGAGCGCUUUCGUGGCCUCAGGGCACCCAAGCGGCCAGCAGAAACGUGCCAUCGGGCAUCGACAUCUGAACCUAGCCCUCGACACAAGUCGGUAGGGCUGCCACAAGUGUACGACUCCCGUUACCGCACCAACCAGUGGGUGCCCACAAGGGAAGUACCCGGCCUGGACCCGGAGCAAGUGCGAGCCUUCCGCUUGGCACUGCUUCACUUCUUGGACUUCCGGCAGAAGCAAGGCUUUGCCCGCCUGGCACGGCUGCAGCGGGAGCGGGCUGCUUUGCCCAUCGCUCGUUACAGGGACCAGCUCCUGAAGGCGGUGGCCAGCAGCCAGGUGGUGGUGGUGGCUGGGGACACUGGCUGUGGCAAAUCCACCCAGGUGCCACAGUACCUUCUGGCUGCCGGCUAUGCCCAUGUGGCUUGCACUCAGCCCCGGCGCAUCGCUUGCAUUGCUCUGGCCAAACGGGUCGCCUAUGAGAGCCUGCAGCAGUAUGGAGACCAGGUUGGCUACCAGAUCCGCUUUGAGAGCACGCGCUCGCCUGCCACACGGAUCGUCUUUUUGACGGAAGGCCUGCUCCUGCGCCAGGCCCAGCGAGAGCCCACUUUGCCUGGCUACCGGGUGCUGAUCGCUGAUGAGGUCCAUGAGCGCCACCUCCAUUCUGACUUCCUCUUGGGGGUCCUUCGCCGCCUGCUGCCUGCCCGCCCUGACCUCAAGCUGGUGCUCAUGUCGGCCACCAUCAACAUCCGUCUCUUUGCUGACUAUUUUGGGGGUGCUCCCGUUGUACAGGUCCCGGGACGUCUCUUUCCCAUCACGGUCUUAUAUGAACCCAUCCACCCCGAGGAGAGUGCCAGUGGACAGAAGGAGAGACUGGACCCUCGGCCUUUCCUGCGUGUCCUCCAAGCCAUCGAUCACAAAUACCCUCCCGAGGAAAGAGGAGACUUGCUCGUCUUCCUUAGCGGUGUGGCUGAGAUCGGGGCCGUGAUGGAGGCUGCACAGACCUAUGCCACCCACACUCAGCGUUGGGUGGUCCUUCCUCUUCACAGCACCCUUUCUGUGGCUGAGCAAGACAAGGUAUUUGACUUGCCUCCCCCAGGAGUCCGUAAGUGCAUCAUCUCCACCAACAUUGCUGAGACCUCUGUGACCAUCGAUGGUGUCCGAUUUGUUGUAGACUCAGGGAAGGUGAAGGAGCUCAGCUAUGACCCCAAAGCCAAGCUGCAGCGGUUGCAAGAGUUCUGGAUCAGCCGUGCCAGUGCUGAGCAGCGCAAGGGCCGUGCGGGUCGAACAGGGCCUGGUGUCUGUUACCGGCUCUAUGCUGAGUCAGAUUAUGAUGCCUUUGCCCCUUACCCUGUGCCAGAGAUCCAGCGGGUGGCACUUGAUGCCUUGGUUCUUCAGAUGAAGAGCAUGGAGCUGGGUGACCCUCGGGCAUUCCCUUUCCUGGAGCCACCUCCACCAGCCAGCUUGGAGACAGCUGUGGGCUACCUGAAGCACCAAGGUGCACUGGAUGCAGAGGAAAACCUCACACCUAUCGGGAGCCUCCUGGCUGAACUGCCUGUUGACGUUGUGAUCGGGAAGAUGCUGGUGCUGGGGACCCUCUUUGGCCUGGCUGCACCCACCUUGACUGCUGCAGCUGUGCUCAGCGUACCUUCCCCUUUUCUGCGCAGCAGCAGUGGACGGAGCGACCCUGACUGUGCCACUGCCCGGCGGCCCCUGGAGAGCCCCUUGGGAGAUCCCCUUACUCUGCUCAAUGUCUUUGAUGCCUGGGUGCAGGAGAAAUCUGAAAAUCGUGGUGGAUCCCGUCGCUGGUGCCGGCGUCGGGGCCUGGAAGAACACCGCCUCUAUGAAGCAGCCAACCUUCGGCGCCACUUCCAAGAACUGCUCCGAGAUCAUCGGUUGCUGGAACCAGCAAGCCGGCCCAGAGAUUCCUAUACACGCCAAAGCCGGCACCGGCACCGUCGCGAGUUGCACAAGCUCAAGCGGGAACAUGAUCAGGGAGAAGGGCGCCGGCGCAAAGUGCUGCGACUACAGGAGGAGGAGGAGGCCUUCUCUUCCUCAGGAGAUGAAGGCGAAGCCAAGCGUGGGGUGGACAUCCAGGAUGUGAAGUUCCAGCUGCGGCAUAACGUGGAAGAACUGCAGGCAGCAGCUUCCCUUGGCCAAGCUCUUUCGUCCGGGCAGCUCUCCCUCUUGCAGUUGGUUCUGGGCCGUGGCCUCUACCCGCAGCUGGCAGUCCCUGACCCUUACAACAAAACCCGCAAGGAUUCAGACCAGAUAUUCCACACCAAAGAGAAGGCAGGGGUUGUUCUCCACCCGACUAGUGUCUUUGCCAAUUCUCCUGAGUUGCUCCAGCCCUCUCACAAAAGGGAAUUCGAGCAUCAGGCUCACAGAGAUGCUGCCAAGGAGGGACUCAGCAGCCGCCACCAGAUCUUGGCCUUUGUUUCGCUAUUGGAGACCAACAAGCCCUACCUGGUGAACUGCCUCCGGCUACCAGCUCUACAGGCCCUGCUCCUCUUGGCCCGCUCCCUUGACACCAAUGCCGACUGCACACGCAUUGUGGCUGAUUCGUGGCUGGAAUUACAGGUCCCUGUGGCAGAGGCGGCCCUGCGGCAACUCAGUGCAGCCCUGCGUCUCCGUGCUUCCUGGGAAAAAGUCCUGGACCGGCAGCUGGAGAGCCGGGCAGCUCGAGGCAGGGAGGAAGAAGUCGAGGAGAGGCGACCUAGUGCCCGAGAAGUGCACCAGCUUACGCAAGAGCUGCUGGCAUUCUUGAAAACGGAGGUGCAGUAUAGUCUCCGGCGCUUGACACCCCUGGAACAGCAGAACCUCUAUGUUGGACCUCAUACUGUGGCUGCAGGAGAAGGGCUGCCUCACUUCUUCCAGGGGGCAGAGAUGGUCCCAGAUGAGGUGAAGGGUGGCUAUCGAGUUGGUGACUUCCUCACUUUCAAUUGCCUGAUGAGUGAGGGGGACCUCUACAGUGACUGCCUGCGCAGCUUCUGGACAUGUCCACAUUGUGGCCUCUAUAUGCCCUUCACACCUCUGGAGCGGGUAGCGCAUGAGGAUGCCUGUCAACCCCCAGAUCCAGAAGCCAAGACAGGAGACCCUUCCAAAGAAGCCACAGGAGCAGUGUCACCCUCCCCUGGUGCCUCCUCUGCCCUGCAGCAACCAUACCACUGUGGCAUCUGUCAGCAGAACCUUCUUCUCACGCCAACAGAGAUCCUGCGGCAUCGGAAGCAACACCAAGUGGCACCAUCCUGAGAGCUGCUGUGAUAGCAACUCAUGCAAAGGGAGAUAGACACCACUGGGGAGAUUUGGGGGUUGGGAUCACUUGUUCUCACCCACCUGGAGGCUACUCAGCCUCAGGCUCUUCUCCUUCCCACAGGUGCCUUCUGUCACUGCUCAGAGUUGAAGCCAAUUUGGAUUGCUUUUAGAAGGGAGCAUUAUGGAAAUGUGGUGUCAGUGCACUGUGCAUUGAAUCUGAAGAUGCCUUCUGGCAUUAUUCCAGAGCGUGUUUUGAGUGGGUAUCUCUCAUUGGGGAAAACCAAUUUUAGUUGCCUCGAGUCCUCCUAGUUCCCUCUCAAUCAUCCCCAUAGAGCCAGUGCAUCGGGGGAACUCCUUCCUUCGGCUGGGGCUUAUGCAUCCCUUUCUGACAAUGAGUGAAUGCCCCUUGUCCUCAGCUUUCCUGUCUGCAAUGUAUGUGUUCAUGCAUUGGUAGUUUCUCUUCUGCACUGUCUGAUUUUGGACACUGAGUGGCAGGCUUGCCCUGUAUGGGCAAAGGCCGAACACAUGCUUGACAUUGGAUUCAGAGCUGAGUCCCUUGGGAAUCACUGCUUGCAGCUUCCUGAUCUUUCUCAUUCAGAUGGGAAAGAAGGGGCAAAGAUCAAAGAUGCUUUUAAGAGCAAAGAUGCCUUUGCUGGUAGACAGGUUUAUGCUGCAAGAAGCACAAGGAUGUUCAUUGAGGCAGCUGGGGAGCAAGGGUGAUGCUUCAGCUCUCCAAGUCAGUUUUAGACUUUCACCUUCAGCUCAAGUGGGAAGGGGACAAUAUGAGCAAGCCAGCAUGCCCCCAGUUUUACAACACGAAUUGGCAACGUGCAGCUUGUGGGCCUUUUGUGGCCCCGAGCCCCCAUCCCCAUUUUUUUAAAGAAAAGUUUUGCUUUUUUGGGCAAUAUUUGCCCCAAACCAUGAAGGAAGAACCUCUAACAUAUAAGAAUAUACAAAAAUAUCUCCACAUCUACAAGUACUCCAGAAUUCUAUAUUACCCCCCCCCAUACCUCUUUUCCUUUGCAGGCCCUCUCAAAAUGGCAACAGGGAGGAAAAUGGAGGUCUUUCGGUUUGAUGUGUGUAUAUCUGUGUGCGGGUUCAGCCCAUGAGGGCCCUGGAGGAAAAUUGGACCCUGACCCACAUGCAAUUGCCCACCUCUGUUUUACAACCAGAACUUCUCUUCCAAUCUAUGGCCCAUUACAUUGCAAAACAUUACAUUUUGUUUUUGCAGAUAGCUCCAAGAAAGGUGUAACCAGUAACCUCCUCCAUACCCCAAAUACCUAAUUUUCCCGGUUCCUAUUGCUGGCAUACAGCUCAGGGAUGUAUGUGUGUAUUUUUGUGAGUGGGGCUGGGAUUUUACAUCUGUUGAGAUAGGGGUGCAUAGUUGACCACAGAGACUAACUUUCCUGGGAAGGGCACUCACCACCCCAGCUGGUCUCUUGCUUCAUUUGCUUGGAGUGUAGGAGUCACAGGAUGCAGCUGUAGUGGCAACCAGUACUGGAUCACAAGUUGCAUUUCUGGCUUUUGAGGAGAACCAGGCUCAUUGUAGCUGUCAGAAGAGAGGAGGAUGUGGCUUCAUUGCAAGAGUGAGAGAUGGUGAGUGUUACUGGUGAGCAUUGCUGGCUGGCUUAGAGAGGGCCGACUAGUGUGACAGCCUUGGGUUUUUUUUGCCUUGGUUGAAGGUUACAACAUUGCGAUCCCUUCUCUGUGUGCAUUUGUGUGUGUGCAUGUGUUUUAGGAACUAGCAAAAGGUAUGGUUUGCUUGAAGGAGGAAAAAAAAUACUAUCUGUUCCAAUAAAAUGGACAUGGAGUAUGUCCCAGUGUAGAGGUGGUGCUGGUUUGUGGCUCUGUGUCCUCAUCUCGGGUUUACAUGUUUUAAGUUUCCAAACUACUGCCUGUGUACAGAUGGGGAAUCCCUGUAAAACAGUGCCCCCACACUAUGUAAACCAACUGACAGCCCUCUUCAAUGUACUUUAAAAUAAUGCUUUGUACUAAUGUACUUUAAAACAGUGCUACUCAAAGUGAUGGUCUCUGGACCGAUCCCAGUCAUGAACCACUGGUUGCUGGUGGGUUUCCAGGAAAGAAAAAAGAAACUAUGGUAGCUAAUCAGGACCAAAUUACUACUGGCACACGAAAAUAGUGGUUGGCAGUCCACCAACAUCAGAGACCACUUUAAAAGAAAUUGCACCGAUUUACACUGUAUUUCUGUAAUAAUUUUUUUAUUUGUCCCCAGCUUUUCUCUCUCUCUGUGUCCCACUGGGAAAUAAUAGUUGAAAACACUUGGAUUUUGCUGGCAGAGUAUGGAUGCCGGUCCAUGCGCCAAUCCCACUUUGAUCCUGGGGGUGGCACUGCUACCAAGCCAGAACCCAAACAUUUUCUCCCACUCACCCACCCCAAAGUAUCCUACAUGGCUUUUGGAAACUGUCCUUGCCAUCAUCAUUAUUAUUAUCAUUGUAAUAGUUAUUUAUGUAUCACCUUAUCCCCAGCCCAGGGAGUCAAAAGAGCUUACAGAAGUUGAAAUAGAUGCAGCUAAAAGUUCACAUCAUGCAAAAGUUGAAAUAAAAUGGGAUCAUCAAUAGAAUUAAAGUACUUGAAAAGCAUAUCUGUUAAAAAGAAAAAUGACAAAUAUGGGUGAUGUAAGCUGCUGCCACUUUCCUCUGCAAAGGGUAAAGAAGGUGCAGGACAGUUGGGCAGAAUUGGUGAUCUGUCCUGGCAGAAGUUGGGUUCAUAUGGCUAUUUCUCACCUUUCUGGAAGGGAGCCCAGGUCCUCAAAGAUCUGUGUAGCUUUCUUAUACAUGUUAAGUCUCCCUUAUCUAAAAUGCUUGGGACCAGAAAUGAUUUGGAUUUUGGAUUUCUUUGGAUUUCUGAAUAUUUGCAUAUACAUUUCUUGGAGUUGGGACUGGAAUCUAAACAUAAAAUUCAUUUGUGUAUCGUAUUC